GAUAUUGAAAGAUUCACGCUUAUCAACCAUUUGUCUUUAUUAGCUAGCAAGCUGCUCUCAGACUGAGAAUGGCAAAGGAAGCAGUGUGCGUGACUGGAGCCAACGGGUUCAUAGGCUCAUGGCUGGUGCGGACCCUCUUGGAAUCUGGCUACACCUCCAUCCACGCCUCCAUUUUCCCUGGAUCCGACCCCACGCAUUUAUUACAACUCGACAAUUCCAACUCCAACCACAUCCACGUCUUCGAGGCCGAUGUCUUGGAUUUUGACGCCGUGUGCAAGGCCGUGGAGGGCUGCUCCGGUGUUUUCCACGUGGCAUCCCCCUGCUCUCUUGAGGACCCCAAGGACCCUGAAAACGACUUGCUUCGACCCGCCGUGCAAGGCACGCUCAACGUUCUCCAAGCGGCCAAGAGGUUCAACGUUAGGCGCGUCGUCCUCACGUCUUCUAUCUCCGCUCUGGUCCCCAAUCCCACGUGGCCUCCCAACAAGGUAUUCGACGAGUCCUCCUGGACCCACCUCGAUUACUGCAAGGCUCGACACAAAUGGUACCCUGUGUCCAAGACAUUGGCUGAGAAAGCAGCUUGGGAGUUCGCCCAGAAACAUGGCAAUGGGAAUGGGAUAGAUGUCGUGGCUAUACACCCUGCCACGUGUCUGGGCCCACUGUUGCAACCUGCGUUGAAUGCGAGCUGUGCUGUGUUGUUGAACUUGCUUCAGGGGUCCAAGGAUAGUCAGGAGUACCAUUGGCUGGGUGCUGUGCAUGUCAAAGACGUGGCCAAGGCACAGCUUUUGUUGUUCGAGACUCCUUCUGCUUCUGGUAGAUAUCUCUGCACCAAUGGCAUCUAUCAGUUUUCUGAUUUUGCUCACAAAGUCUCCACCCUCUUCCCUCACUAUCCUGUUCAUAGGUUUAAUGGGGAAACUCAGCCAGGAUUGAAAGCAUGCCAAGAUGCAGCAAAGAGAUUAAUCGAUUUGGGUCUGGUCUUCACUCCGGUUGAAGAUGCUAUCCGGGAUACAGUGGAGAGCCUCAAAGCUAAAGGCUUCCUCAGCUAGAAAAUGCCACAAUCUUAGGUUGUUCUUUCUAUUCUUCUUUUUUAUUUUUUCUAUUUUUGAAUACUGUAUUUAAAUUUUUCAUCGUUUCAUUGCCUUAUUAAGUUGGCAGUAAUAAUGAAUGCAAUUAAGU